CUCAGAUAGCGAGAGGAGUCUUCGGUGGGUCCUUUCAUCUGUUGCAAGUACAGGAGCAUUCAACCUCUUCCGACCAGGAUUCAGGAUUCUGUAUAAUGGCAGCAGAUCAAAACCCAAUGCCAGAAGAUUUUGGUCGAAAGAUUGCAGACUUGCAACCUUUACUGGUUUAGAACAUCAGUGGUAGUCCUAGGAUUGCUUUGUACCCAGAGAGAAAACAACGAGGGUUUGAAGGCCACCAUCACAUGACCUAUAUUGAGUCUAAGAUGACACGGCCCGGUUUCUUCUUCAGCCAUUGAGAUGCCUGGCUGUGUUAACACUUUUUCAGGCAUUGGUAAUGAACCAUUAACUGAUAAGUGCCCUUAUGAUGUGGUGCAGAGUAUGCCCUUUACACAUAAGAGUAAUAAUUCUGAUGGCCAAUCUGAUAAUGUUUCUCACCCCCAGUUUGACUUUUAUCAGCGCCAACAACAAACCUCAGAGCCCUCAACUUCCCAAAAUUCUCAUUGUCUUGAAUCUACUGAUGAUUUUUCCACCAAAAAAAAGAAGUUCUAGUGUAGUUUUUGGGGCAAAUUCGUUCCUAGGCCAAGUGAUGGGGUGCCAAGAUAUGUAGGGGGUCAUACACAGAUCAUCAAUUUGUGGAGGGGUAUUUGAUUUCAAGAGCUUCAGAAGAUGGUAGACGUGUAUGGGCAACGUAUGGUCAAUACGUACAGCUCCCUAAUGAGGAUCUCGAUACUUUGAUUUCAGUUACGUGCAAUGAAGAUUUGGAAAUUAUGAUUGAAGAGUAUGACAUGCUUUUGAAAACCUCACCAGUGCGAUCGUGGAAGCUUCAUGUCUUCUUGUUUUCAGCCUCAGAGCCUGACUCCUAUGGUGUUGUUCAGUUUGCGAAUCAUCAGGAUUCAGGGCAGCAAUAUGUUGAGGGGGUGAAUGGGAUCCCUUAGAGCACCAAUCAGAGAAAGGAGAGAACAUCAAGGGGUACUUCAACUCUAAAUUCUGAUUGUCAGUUUAAUGGUGUUGCUUCUCAUAAAUUAGUUCCUAAUCAAGGUGAUGCGGGCAGCAAUCUACUACCUAGCAAGAUUCCAAGUAACGAUGCUAGAUUGGCUAAUGAUGCUCUGAGGUUGGCUAAUGAUGCUCCAAGUGUGGUUAAUGAUGCUCCAAGAUCGGCUAAUGAUGCUCCAAGGUUUGCUAAUGGUGAUCCUAAUGGUGAUCCAAGGUUUGCUAAUGAUGCUCCAAGGUUUGCUAAUGGUGAUCCGAGGUUGGCCUAUAUGUUUCCUAAUCAGUUGAUUUUUGGGGAAGAUGCUGCAUCUUCAAGUGCCGCUUCUGUUAAUACCAGUGGUCCUUCUGAACCUAUACCCAUGUGCACUAUGCUUCGACCUGGGCAAACCCACUCUGUGGAUCCAGCAGUUAGGACAGAAGAGUACCAUUUACAUGCUAAACUACACAAUCUCUCUGUUAUGCCAAACCUACCUGUUUAUGGGUUGUUGAAAAGUCCUUCUGAGAGGCCCAAUAUUGCUUCAACCCUGGUCGAUUGCAGGCCAGAAGGGCAGCAGAUGCCACAAAUCGAAGCACAUGCUUCUUUAGUAGAUGUUCGUCCACCUCUGACAUAUGUGCAUAGUUAUGUGGGUGCUCAUCCAAGUGCCUAUAACUUGAGCAGCUACAGUCCUUACAAUAAUUCAGACAUAAGAAUCUCUCCUGAAUCAAUCCAUGCUUCUCAGAGUUCUUCUCUCAGUGCACAACAAUCAAUAGUGCAUGUGGCUUCAGCAAUUGGUGUUGGUGGUGUCUCCUAUCCAUUUGCACUGGCAGGUUCUUCAGGAUAUCCUAUAGGUGUACCUCCUCCUUCACAGAAUUUGUGUGCUGGUCCUUCUUCGCCAAGAGUUAAUGGCAUAAUUGGAGGUCAACCGUUCAUACCGACACCUCAAAGAGCCAUUGAGCGUUACAUGGAAGAGAGCAGUGCAGGAGCAAGGAUUCAACUUCAUGGUGACCAGAGUUAUAAGGCAUUCCAAGUUCCCCAAAUUACCCUGCCUCCUCCUGUUCAGGUUAGUCAGCCCACCAUGGAGAGGCUCACUAGCCAGCCAUCAGCACCUGAAUGUGUAGUUUUCUCUGAAGUAUGGGUAGCUCAGCAAAUGGGAAAUUCGGGCGAUAAGGUGUCUAAGCUUGAGGACUGUUGCAUGUGCCAAAAGGCACUGUCUCAUGCUCAUUCUGAUACAUUGAUUUAAGAGCAUGUGAAUUCUGUUCCAGAGACAAAUUCCGCUCUUCAAAGUCAUCAUUCCGAUGGAAGUAUAAGAUUCAUGGCCUCACCGAAAGUUACUGGAGCAUUGGGGGAGGCUUCUGUGUCUCCCCAAGAUGAGCAUUGGUUAGGUAUGGAACGUGGGGCAGUGGCUAGGUUUCAGGGAAACAGAAGAAGUUAUGCGAAACUGAAUGGGCAGAAUGGACAUGAAACUGCUGCAUCUUCACUGAGACCUCCAUGAAUUCCUCAUGUUCCAGAGCAGCAUCUUAAUUGUGAUCAAGUUCCUCAGCAGCAAACAGAAAAACCUGAUCACACCAAGUUGUUGUUUACUCAGAACAUGCCAGUUAAAUCUACUGAGGAACUUCAAAAACCUAGACCUUUCGGCUUUACUUAUGUUGACAAAUCUACUGAGGAACUUCAAAAAACUGAACCUUUGGGCUUCACUCAUGUUGACAAUGCAGGGAACAAGUAUGGAGCAGAUGAUGUGAAACCCCUGUAUGAUCCAUUCUCAAGCAACCACUCAUUCUUCCAUCAAGAAAAUGCAUUUGUGAUGCCCCAUAGCCAGGUUAAGCAAGAGGUGGCAAGGGACAGGAUGGUCGGUAUUGACAUCCCUCUAGAUAUUAGCUUGCCUUCCUCUAGUGCAGAGCCUUGCGAUCUUUACUCUUCACAUGAUUUCGCAACAAAAUAUGUUUAUCUGAAUCCAUUGUCAUCUGACAAUUAUAGAACACUGGAUGGGAGGUUGAGUGCUUUAUCUAUGAGUUCACCGGGGUUGUCUUCAGGGAUUGAUCAGAGCAAACUACCAUUUUGGCUGAACUCGGAUCAUUGUGUGAGAGCAAUCAGCUAAGUGACAGGAUGCAAACAAGUGAUACCUCGGUAGCGGCUAACGUGAAUGCUGUCAAAGAAGAAAGGCUGAAUGUGCAGCCACAGGUUACUUUGGAUUCUAUUCGAGUGGCUGAUCCCUUUAGUGAGCCAGGGAUUGUUACGAGUGCGGGUUAUGUCAAUCCAGUUCAACCAUUGAUACAUAAUGCUCAGCCUGCAGAUCCUACUUCAAGAUCGGUUAAUGAUGCUCCAAGAUCGGCUAAUGAUGCUCCAAAUUUCACUAAUGGUGAUCCUAAGUUGGCUAAUGGCUUUUCGAGGUUGGCCUAUAUGUGUCCUAAUCAGUUGAUUUUUGGGGAAGAUGUUGCAUCUUUAUGUGCUGCUACUGUCAACACCAGUGGUCCUUCUAAACCUAUACCCAUGUCUACUAUGCUUCUGCCUGCGCAAACCCAUUCUGUGAAUCCAUCAGUUAGGCCACAACGGGGCAAUUUAGACGCUAAACUUAAGUCUCUCCGUUAUACCAAAUCUACCUGUUUAUGGGUUGCCAAGAACUCCAUCUGAGAGGCCCAAUAUUGCUUCAACCCUGGUCAAUUGCAGGUCAGAAGGGCGGCAGAUGCCACAAAUCAAAGCACCUGCCCCUUUAGUAGAUGUUCAUCCACCUCCCACAUGUGUGCGUAGUUAUGUGGGUGCUCAUCCAAAUGCCUUUAACUUGAGCAGCAACAGUUGCUACACUAAGUCAGACAAAAGAACAUCUCCUGAAUCGAUGCAUGCUUCUUAGAGUUCUUGUCUCAGUGCACAACAGCCAGUGGUCACGCAGCUUCUUCAGGAUAUCCUAUGGGUGUACCUCCUUCGCAGAAUCUGCAUGCUGGUCCUUCGCCAAGAGUUAAUGGCAAAAUUGGAGGUCAGCAGUUGACAUCAACGCCCCAAGUACCCCCUGAGCGUUACGUGGACGAGAGUAAUGCGGGAGCAAGAGUUGAAUUUCAUGGCGACCCGAGUUAGAUGGCAUUCCAAAUUCCCCAAAUUACGCAGCCUCCUCCAGUUCAGGUUGAAGGUCAGCCCACCAUGGAGAGGCUCUCUUGCCCGCCAUCGAUACCUGAAUCUGUAGUUUUCUCUAAAGGACGGGUAGCUCAGCAAAUCGGGAAUUCAGGGGAUAAGGUGUCUAAGCUUGGAGACAAGCAUGUUGCAAAAGGUGCUCACAGAAUGUGACAUGCCUUCUCUCUCAUCAUGGGCUGUUUACAAGCCUUCUACAAGAUGUUAAGUGCUUAGACAUGGGAUAAUUUAUUUCAA